UUUCAGGGAAGCGCUUUGGUAUCAAGUUUUUAAGAGAUUUUUAGCCGUUGGACGCAGCAAUGAUCAAGGGAAAAUCAGGGAAAGCGGAUCUAACACUAUCCACCCGCUUUCAGGUAAAAUAUCUUGGCUGUGGAAAAACAGAAGAACCCGGCGUCGCUGGGAUAGAAAAAGCAGUACGCAAAAUACAAGAACAAGUGAAAGACGAUGACAAAAGCUGUCCGAAAAUGUAUUUAGAGGUGGAAACUAACGGCGUAAAAUUCACGGAGGUGAAAACUAAGUCCACAAUGAACGAAUCAAAGUUUAUAUCUCUUGAUAACAUUUCUUAUUGUACUUUAAACAGACUUGACGCCACUAUCUUUGCGUUUAAUCACCACAAAGGUCCAUCAGUAAUCGAAUGUCAUGCGCUGGCCUGUGACAGCGAAGAGAGAGCAAAAGCUAUUGGACUGGCUUUAUAUGCUGCUUUUCGAGAAGGACAUUUUCAAAAGCUGCGUCGGGAUAGACGCAAGUCCUUUGAGCAGAAGCGCUUUGAGAGGAGAACAAGUUUUGAUAAUUACGACUGCAAAACCUCUAGCAAUACUACUGAUGGAAAAUCUUCUUUAAAUGUUGCAAAAGAUUCUCCGAAUGAGGACAAUUCAACCAACGAUGUUGGCCAUUUUGAGCCAUGUCGAGGCAAUUUAGAGGUAGAUAUUCAUAGCAAUUACGAGGAACAAGAUCUUGAAUUGGAUAAAAUUAUUGAGGAUCUUCUGUCGACAGUGGAAUUAGAAAGGGCAAAAAUUGAACAAGAUUCUGUUUGAGCCAACAUGGCAUCAUAUUGUUUCUACAGUAAUAUGGUAUCGCGGGAAAUUAUAUUUUGUAAGUAACAUUGUAACAGCGUUUUUUUUUCAACAACGAAUAAGUGUAAUUUUAAUUUUCAAUAAGGUUUUUCGGUAAG